GAAAGAGAAAAAAACAAACAUAAAGGACUCCUAAGUUUUGCACUGAGAAAGCUCACCUGUUCAUCUCACUUAAGUUACUUAGGCUUUGUGUAACUGUUUUGCUGUUGAAUUUUGUGUAACCGGUUCUGCAGAUUUUCAGGAGCCUCUCAGGAUUUUCAGGAAAGCGCGAUGGAGUGCAGGCGGCCGCAGAGGAGCAUAAGGGUGCUGGAUGUCUUUCACUGGGCUGUGAUGCUGGGGUUGAUUCAGUCCGGCGCGCUCGGUGCGAGGAAAUUGCGCGGAGGGCGAAACCCGCAGCCGCGGCGAGCGCUUCCCUCCGCUCAUUACCGGGACCGCACCGAAACCACCGAGAGCUUCUCACUGGAUUUCACAGCUGUUGAAGAAAACAUGGACAAUUUCAUGACUCAGGUGAAGAACUUGGCGCAGUCCCUCUACCCCUGCUCGGCCCAGAAGCUCGACUACGAGAUGAAGCUACAUUUCCUGGAGAAUACAUCAGUCACCUGUAACGACGGGACCCCAGCAGGGUACUACCUGAAGGAGUCCAAAGGAAGCAGAAGGUGGUUAAUAUUUCUGGAGGGUGGCUGGUACUGCUUCAACAAAGAGAACUGUGACAGCAGAUACGAGACCAUGAGGAGGCUCAUGAGCUCCUCCAAAUGGCCACAAACUAAGACAGGCACAGGAAUACUGUCUUCACUUCCAGAGGAAAACCCACACUGGUGGAAUGCCAACAUGGUGUUCAUCCCAUAUUGCUCAAGUGAUGUAUGGAGUGGAGCCACACCAAAAACUGAUCAAAAUGACUAUGCGUUCAUGGGUUCACUGAUCAUAAAGGAAGUUGUAAAGGACCUGCUAACAAAGGGUCUGGACAAUGCUAAGAUACUGCUGUUAUCUGGAAGCAGUGCGGGUGGCACUGGGGUGUUGCUGAACGUGGACCCAGUAUCUGAGCUCCUGGAGGAGUUGGGUCACACAAACAUCCAGGUCAGGGGUCUGUCCGACUCUGGCUGGUUCUUGGACAACAAACAAUACCGCUGCACUGACUGUGUGGACACCAUCAACUGUGCCCCCACAGAGGUCAUCAAGAGAGGAAUCAAAUACUGGGGCGGUGUGGUACCUGAGCGAUGCCGACAGGCUUAUGAAGGAAAAGAAUGGAACUGCUUCUUUGGAUAUAAAGUUUAUCCUACCAUUAAACGCCCUGUGUUCAUAGUGCAGUGGCUGUUCGAUGAAGCCCAGCUAACAGUAGACAACAUUCAUCUGACGGGACAGCCCGUUCAAGAGGGCCAAUGGCGUUAUAUUCAGAAUCUGGGGACUGAGCUGAGGAACACUCUGAAGGAUGUCCCCGCCAUGUUUGCUCCAGCUUGCCUUUCGCAUGAAUUCAUAACAAGAAAUUACUGGACUGACGUUCACGUCAAAGGCACGUCUCUACCCAGAGCGCUCCACUGCUGGGACCGCAGUCUACAAGAAAACAGCCGAAAUAAUAAAUCCCCUCCCAAAGGCUGUCCCGUGCACUUGAUCGACAGCUGUCCGUGGCCUCACUGCAACCCGACGUGCCCAACGAUCCGAGAUCAGUCAACGGGACAGGAGAUGAACGUUAUCCAGUUCCUCAUGCACAUGGGCUUUGACGUGCAGAAGAUGGCCCAUCAGCAAGGCAUGGACCCAAGCAAGCUACUGGGCAUGCUCAGCAGCGGCAGCUAAAUAUCGUGGAAGAACUCGCUCCCGGUUGGGACCGUGCUUCCCAUCAGUCCGUUUGAUACCUCCAACCCCAUACCCACUUUACCCACCUCGGCUUUGACCUCAGGCUGAGCCUGCCUUUAGUCAGGGCUCUGUGCCAACUCUCUUGGGGCUUCCAUCUCCAGAUCCCCUCAUUUGGUUUCAGUUGGUGUCCAUUUUGCUCCAGUCUAUACUAUUAUCACUGAGCAGCUUGGAGAUGGUGGAGACGCCCAAAAC